GGAGGAGGAGCCGGGGCCUUGGAUCGAGGCGGCGGCCGGGGGCCGGAGCUUUCCCGUGGGCGAGGGCAGCGGCGGCGGCGGCGGCGGGGAGCGGCCAUGCACCGGCGGGGGGUCGGAGCCGGCGCUAUCGCCCGCAAGAAGCUGGCGGAGGCCAAAUAUAAGGAGAGAGGAACAGUGAUGGCUGAGGAUCAACUAAUGCAGAUGUCAAAACAGUUGGAAAUGUUCAAGACUCACCUGGAGGAAUUUGCCAGCAAACACAAGCAGGAGAUUCGGAAAAACUCAGAGUUUCGAGUUCAGUUUCAAGACAUGUGUGCAACAAUUGGAGUGGACCCCCUGGCAUCCGGCAAAGGAUUCUGGUCUGAGAUGCUGGGUGUUGGAGAUUUUUACUAUGAGCUGGGAGUACAGAUUAUUGAAGUCUGCCUGGCUCUGAAACACAGAAAUGGAGGCCUGAUCACACUGGACGAGCUGCACCAGCGUGUGCUGAAAGGGAGAGGCAAGUUUGCCCAAGACGUCAGUCAGGACGAUCUCAUCCGAGCGAUAAAGAAGUUGAAGUCCUUGGGCAAUGGCUUCACUAUGAUCCCAGUGGGAGGCAGGUACCUGGUGCAGUCUGUUCCGGCCGAAUUGAACAUGGAUCAUACUGUGGUGCUGCAAAUUGCAGAGAGGAAUGGAUACGUGACAGUCAGUGAGAUCAAAUCAAGCUUGAAGUGGGAGACGGAACGCACCAACCAGGUGUUGGAACACUUGUUGAAGGAAGGCUUGGCGUGGAUUGACAAGCAGGCUCCCGACGAGCCUCAGUAUUGGCUGCCUGCCCUAUUCUCUGACCUGUACUCUCGGGACGUGACACCAGAGGAAGCUGAUGAAAGCUUGCCAUGAGAGGAAUAAGUUCAUCAAACCGAGGGGGGAAACAACAGCACAGAUUGGGACUGUAGCACUGCUGCCUGAGUGAGGGGAAUUGGUGUCUGAAGAUGAAAAAUGUCGCCACUUGUUAUUCAUAUCCUGUAUUUAAUUUUACUUAAUAUUUCUGGUAUCAGUGUCAAAGAUCUCAUUCUAUAUUGCUGUUGGUGGCAACUUUGUGUGUUGUUGAGACAGAAAAAACUACAGAUGCUAAAACACGGAGAGUGGAGUAACUCAGUGGAUCCGGCUGCAUCUGGGGGUGGGGGGAGGGGGGUGGAAUGGACAAGUGAUGUUUCAGGUUGGGACUCUGCACCCUGAAACUUCAUCUGUUCAUUUCCCUUCGCAGAUGCCGCCUGACCGGCUGUGAAUACCUACAGUACUUUCAUUAUUUUACUGUAUUGUUGCAAUUAUAUAUCUUUCUCCCAGUCUUUACCUGGGGGUUAAAGUUUGAGAGGAUACAAGGAGGCAGAGGAAGGAGGAAUGGGUGAAGGGAGAGUGGAGGAAAUUGAUCAAUUUGUUAUAUAUUCCUAAAAAAUAAAUGCUAAUGGUCAUAGCUGAACUGCAGGCCAACUGAUGUUGCUGCAGCUUAGAAUCAGUUCCAGCAACUGGCUCAUAUUUAGAGAAAUUGAAUAACAAAAGUCAAGAAGAAUAACGUGAUUUUGUUUCGGUAACUUAACGCACUAAAAACAUUGUGCAUCCUGUUCACAUCCCAUCCAUGGUAGAGAUUGGGACUGUAGUACUGCUCCCUGGGGAAGGGGAAUUACCUGAAGGUGAGAAAUGGGGAUUUGUUAUUCAGUUCCCGUUAUUAAAGGUGUGUUGAAAACAA